AGAGAUAUGCAUAUAUGGCCAUCGAUGAAGAUCAGGGAAUCGUUCAAGGUAGCAUACCUGGAGAAACUGGAGUUGAAUCUCCACAGAAUGAACAGCCAGAAGAAGAAGAACACCGCCUCCGUAAUUGAGAAGAAACUCUUAGAUGAAACUAAUAAUCAAAGAGAGAGAGAAAGAGAGAGAGAGAGAGAUAUUGUUGUUGAUUUGGAGAUGGAGAAUCGUGCUGGUGGUGGCGGUGGGGCUUUGCUUUUGUGCCAAGAGCUUCUCAUGAUCCUCUCUUGCUGUUACUGUUGUUUCUGCUUUGGAGCCUGUGUUGACAAAGAAGGAAACUGAAAGCACUGCAUUUGGGAGAGGGGACUUCUGCACAUGGAAUUUGCUUUGUACAUGCAAAAUUGUGGAAUUCGGCUACUCUCUGUGUAGCUCUUGAAAAAUUCUAGUGUUAUUAACAAAAAACCCAAAAAAAAAUAGUUCUGUUUUUUGUUUUUUUUUUCAUCAGCAAAAACUGGUUCUGUUUACUGUUCAUGUUAUGGCUAAUCUUCUCGUACAUGAAUUGAUGUGAUUCAUCUCCA